AUGGGUGCAGUAUUCCUGUUGAUCAUCACAAUGGUCAACUCAGCAAUCAUUCGACCGCAUGUUGUGGAGGCCGCCCGUGGAAUGCCCCCACGUAUGCGCAAUGUGGAGACCAAAUUUCGGAUCCCGCUGGGUCAGAAACAAUUCAAACUGGUAUGCCCAAUCAUUGCCACAGAGAAAGAUAACACUAUGAUCCAAUGGUCCAAGAAUGGAGAACAGCUCGACUGGGACAGUCAGUACAAGUUGUCAAAAGAUGGGAAAGAGUUGAAGAUGAAGUCCGUCAAGUUUGAGGAUAGUGGAAGGUACCAAUGUCAGGCAACCAACGGAUUUGGACACAAAACCAUGGAAUUCAUUGUACAUGUUCAUGAUCAGAACGACAAAGGAACUUCCGUCAAAGAUUAUUUAGUUCUUUCCAAUACAACGGCCAGUCCAAGUUGGUUGAUUGACAUGAACUCCGAAUGGCGAUCUCCUAUCAAGAUCAACACGGGAGGAAAACUUGAGUUGCGUUGUCCGGCCCAAGGAAACCCAUUGCCUGAGAUUCGAUGGUAUCAGAAUGAGAUGGAAAUAAGUGAGAAAACACAUAAACACGUCUCAUCAAUUGGUGUUGAGCCAGUAGACAGUUCUCACAGUGGAGUAUACCGAUGUGUUGUGGAAAACUCAUUGGGAUCAUUGUCAUUCGCUUUUGACGUCACUGUUGGAGACUUCUUUGACCCACCAACUACAGAUGCUACUGAGUAUCAAGAAACUGCGAUGGAACCAGUAAUUGACCAGCCAUACAACAUAAGUGUCUAUGCUGGACACACUGCUCAAUUCCAAUGCAAAGUAAAAUCAAGUGAAAAUACAAUGAUCAAAUGGCUGAAAGAAAUUUCGGAUCCUAUUUCCAUCCGCCGGAAGGAUCCAAAUGCAACUGUGAUUCAUGCCAAUGGAAUGGAUCUGUUGGUUUUAGAUCACAUUCAAACUGAAUCUACGGUACCACUGGAAGAUAUGGAUAAUGUAUACACCAACCGUCUGACAAUUCACAAAGUUGAUUAUCAUCACGCUGGAAAAUACAUUUGUGUUGUAACAAGUGCUCAGGGACAAAUCGUGUAUAAAUCUGCGGAACUCAAAGUUUUAUCUUCAUAUGAUUUUACCUUCCCAUUCAAAUCUGAUAGCUUCCUGGUUCUUCUGGUUGUGGUUGUCAGUCUAUUCAUUUUUGUCGUAGUUUUGGCUAUCAUCUGGCUGAAAAAGAACCAAGAAUCAACAUCAAGUCAAAUUUUGAAACCACCACCACCACCAAGAAUGCCCCCUCCAGCUGCUCCUCAGGAAAAUGAUUGGUCUAGUGACAGAACGAUGCACUCAUCAAAACCGCUUCUUCUUCAAAAUUCAAUGUUCAAACAGCCUAUCCCAACGAAGUUCCAUGCAGCUACAAUGGACAGAAACAAUUUGAUUCGAGCAGAGAGACGGUUCGACGAAAUGUCAAAUGUAUAUGACAAUAGUACAGUACACCCGUAUUGGACACAACAAAGGAAUAACAACUCAAUAUAUAAUGGUGGCUACCGAACGUUGGAAGUUCAAAAUCAUCGAAAUUAUCCAACUUCUGAUGACUACACCGAUCAGGAUACGUUCUACUACAAGUAG